CACCCACACAGUGGACACACAAUAAUGAUGUGACAUUCAGAGUUUCUGAGUCCAGCAGUGGAGACUACAUGUGUAAGAGUCGACGCAGAGAUGACUCAUAUUCUUCAACAGAGUGGAGUGAAGCCUUCACAUUGUCAGUAUCAAAUCAACCAAAGACCCAAAUAACGUCUGAUAUGAGAGACAUUCCAGUAGGGGGCAGUGUGACCCUGACCUGCUCUGUGAACCCAUUAUCAUCAUCUGGAUGGAAAUACUACUGGUACAGAGAUGAGAACUCCUCUGAACCUCUGACCACACAAGAUGCAGUUUUCCACUCAAAUGGACAAAUCAGUGUCUCACAGGAAGGACUCUACAGGUGCAGAGGAGGAAGAGGAAACCCAGUUUACUACACAGAGGACAGCCAGUCAGUCAGGAUUGAUCACAGGGCAGAUGUCCCCACUGCUGAAAUCUCUUUGUUUCCUGUUCUGUUGAUCGUUGGACUAAUUUCUGGAAUUACAUUGAUUUUCCUCCUGCUCUUGUUGUAUUGCUGCAAAAAGUUCAAAGGUCCUGCUAACGACCAGACGCUCAAUCAGGAUGAAGAUCAGCAGCAAGUGUACUCCUCUCUUCUUCAUGGUGAUCGUUGUGUCUAUGAGACAGUCAGAAGAUGUGAAAACACUGAAAAUGGUCCAGCAGAAGGUGAUUACACCAAUGUCACAUCUGUGAUUCAGCUCAAAGUCAUUAACAAGACAAGUGAGUGCACAAAAUGUGAGAUUUGAAAUGCAAAAUAUACAUUGGUAAUUAUUCUCACUGAUAAUAAAU